CACAUGAUUCUGUUUGGCGAUAACCAGGAAAUCAUGAGUUGUUAGGGCUGAAAGAAGAAGAAGAAGAAGAAGUAGAAUACACGAGUUAUUUGUCGUUUCCACCAUGGCUUCUCGUAAAACGUGUCUGUAUUUAGUUGUAUUUAUGUUGGACACUUACGCUUCCGUGCGUAGCGAUGAAGCACCCGCUUCUGGUGCUUUUGCGGUCAACUCGCCUGUGUUUAAGCCCGCUGCGAGCUCCGUGUUCUCCGUAAACAUGCUGUCUUCUUUCCCUGAAGAGCUGGAGGUAAGUGAGUACUGCAACAACCUGCUCCACCUAUUUGGACAGCGAUACGUCGGUUACGUGAACUGCCUGGUCCCAGCUGCUCGACCUGUCAAAGUGUGUCAGAACUGCUACUCCAGCUACGGCAGCCUCACAGAGACCUAUUUGAACAUCUCAGACCAGAUGGGUCCUGAUAAUGAGACCUGCAGGGACAGCCUUCUGCGUAGUGAUCGCCUAAUGCUGGUGUAUGUGCUGUACAGCAAUUUGGAAGACCUCUGGACAAAAUCAGACUGUAAAUCUUGUAUCACUAAAGGAUAUGAGAGCCUCACCAAUGACACUCUGUACUUCAUGGACAUCCUUAACCACACUCUCUCCUGCUUUGAGAAGUAUUCACCGGGGAACCAUACAGAGCUCUGCAAAAGCUGUAAGACCACAUACAGUCAACUGAACGACCUGUACAGCGGCAUGGAAAAGAAUCAGACCUUGUGUAUCGACUUAGAGGACGCGAUGAAUGUGACACGCAGACUGUGGAGUAAGAACUUCAAUUGUUCGUUCCCUCGUAAGGAGACGGUGCCUGUCAUCGCCGUGUCCAGCUUCAUGCUCUUUCUGCCCAUCAUCUUCUACUUGAGCAGCUUCCUUCACUCGGAACAAAAGAAACGCAAGCUCAUACACCAUACGAACAAAUACUCAAAUAUGAACAUUCAGGACAAACAGAACUGAAGAAGAGACGGAUGAUGACUAUGAAUGGAGGUCGGCCAUCGUCAUUUAAAAGUUUCAACCCUGGAGAAGAAUGACUUCACCGUCUUGUGCCUGAGGUUUGAAUGACUUCAAUGAAUGUUGAGGACUCAACGGUAUUGCACUUUACCAAUUAGUAUUCAGAGGAUCUAGAUAAAUGAAAAUGAAAGUAAAAGACUCCUGGCAUUACAACUUUUGAUUUCAUUUCCUUCAAACCAUCUUCCAUAAUACAAUGAAUUAUGCUGGAACUCUGAUUUUCAGAGAAUUUUUUGGCAGUAAUUAACAUAGGAAAAUAAUAAAUUAUUCACAGUGGAUGUUUGAAUCCUCUACUUUACAGUU